GCCGGUCUACUCAGUAUAAUAACAAGCUCUGUUGCUGUCAAGGUUUCGCUGCCCGUAACGAGUUGCUUACGAGGGCUGGCUUUUUAUUGUUUAUGUUGGAGUCAGACGAAAUCGGGGAUGGAGUUUUUCAUGAGUGGCCUGGCUGCGUGCGGUGCCUGCAUAUUUUCCAACCCCCUGGAGGUUGUGAAAACAAGGAUGCAAGUCCAAGGGGAGUUAAAGGCUCCUGGAUCCUAUCAGGUGUACUAUCGAAAUGUCUUCCAUGCUUUUUAUACAAUCGGGAAACUAGAGGGGCUGGCAGGACUGCAGAGGGGGCUGGCGCCUGGUCUGCUGUACCAAUUCACUAUGAAUGGUAUUAGACUAGGGUCAUACUCUAUCAUGGACUCCACCGGCUACAUCCAUACAAAUGGACAGGUGAGCGUUAUGAAGAGCACCUUGGCUGGAGCAGUGGCCGGAGUAGUUGGGGCCAUGGUGGGCAGUCCAAUGUAUCUGGUCAAGACACACCUGCAGACUCAGUCCUUGUCUGAAAUUGCAGUAGGUCACCAAUACCAGCACAAGGGAACAAUCCAUGCUUUUCUGUCCAUCUACAAAGCACAUGGGAUUAUAGGACUAUGGCGAGGGUGCAGUGCUUCUGUGCCACGGGUCAUGGUGGGAUCUGCAGUUCAGCUGUCGACAUUCUCCACUUCCAAAGAGCUUGUGAAUGAACUUAUGAUUUUCCCUUCAAACAGUUGGUUGGUUGCACUCUGCGCAGCGAUGAUGAGCAGCAUGCUGGUAGUACUAGUGAUGACCCCUUUUGAUGUCAUCAGCACCCGUAUUUAUAAUCAACCUGUUGAUCACGCAGGGAAGGGUCUGCAAUACAAGGGAUAUGUUAAAUGUAUGAGUGACACAGUUAAGCAUGAAGGAAUUCAUGGACUCUACAAAGGUAUUGGAGCCUCCUAUUUUCGACUUGGACCCCACACAAUUCUCUCUCUUGUGUUUUGGAAUGAACUGUUGAAGCUUUCAUCAACGACCACUCAUAAGACUUCAUGACAGCAGUCUUAUUUUAAUAAAUUCUAACUAGGAAUUACAUGGAGCAGACAGUCUGGCUUCCCCCUCUCUCAGUGGUGAUUUCACAGUGCACCUGACACUGUGUAAUAUAGACAGAGUGAUGACCAGGCCACAUGUUGCAUCAUUGCAAUGCAAGGAACUGAGACUACUUUCAAUUGCUUGCCUCAUUCUUGAACAAUCUGGGUUCAAAUCUGCAUUACAUAGUAGAAACUUCUGGUACUCUGUUUUGGCACUGCAACAUACUGUUACAUUUCUAGUAAAGGCACACAUUCAUUUACUGACUUGGUUGGAGGGAAUGGGAGAAAAACACUGGCAAUGUAGCUGCUAAUCUAAGCAAAUACUGGAUUCUCAUCUCCGUUUGAUGUGGAAGCUGACAUAAUUUCUCAAAAUGUUCCACUACACCUCAGCAAUAUGUUAUUACCAUUAAAUGGUUGUCUUUCUUCAGCCAGGGCAGCUGUGCAGAUGGGAGAUAUAAAUAUUUCUGAAGCUGAAGCACCUCUGCAGAUGGGACAUACAACAGGUGCCAAAGCUGGAGCUGUUGCGCAGAUUGGAGACAUAACAGUUUCUGAAGCUGGAGCAACUCUACAGAUGGGACAUAUUCCAUAUUCUGAUGUAUUUUUACAUGCUGAAAGGGAGGGUAUCUGCUGUAGUGGGUGUCUGAAUCCAAAACACUUUGCCCAACAUAUUAUAAAGCUGGCAGAAAUGGAUACACUUGCAUAUGCAGAUGUUACUGCCUGCUCUUCAGUAUACAUAACAAGUCCAAUAUCCUCUGGAUCCCAGAGAUCCCAGGAGGUGCAUCAGAGUGCUUGAACUGUAGCUGUACUUCUCAGCUGUCCCUGAUUUGGCAUCAAAUGUUUGCCCUGUUCCUCCUAAAAGUUUUGAUUUUCUAGUAAAUCACUGAACAUUGCAGACAAGUUAAUAAUGCCAGACAUUCG